UGCUCGACGUUUGAUCUCUUUUGACCCUAUCUCUCAUGUUAUACGUCACUAUUUGCUCACGGAUAAAUUUGAAUCCGAAAAAAUAGACCUUUCGCGCAAAAAUUAAUAGCGUUCUUAAAUCUGUCAUCUAAGUUCAUACAUUAUUCUGUGAUUUGUGAAUUUAUCCCAAUUUCAAGAAUUUAAUUGAAGUUUUCUUUUGGUGAGUUGAGUUGUAACGACGAAAAUUCAGCAACGUGUGAAUACCCAGUCCAGCAGAAUGGUUACCAAAGAGGACAUCAGUAUUAAAAUAGACGGAGAUACUAAAGUAUCGUUGAGAAAAGAUGUCAAUUAUAUAGUCCUUCUUGGUAGAUUUAUGUGCAUUUAUUGGAGGACUCUCAUAUUAUUAUUAUGGCCAAUUGUACUUCUUCCACUGGUGAUUGUCAAUAACGGAGAGAUGUACAGAUGCCUGUAUGUUGUUACCUUGAUGGCUAUGUUCUGGGUAACAGAAGUUCUUCCAUUACCAAUUACCGGCAUGAUUCCAGUAGUGCUUUACCCAUUAAUGGGCAUUCUGAGUACAUCGAAGACGGCAGAUUGUUAUAUGAAUGACACAACAAUGAUGUUUCUCGGCAGCCUUGUUAUCGCAGUAGUUAUCGAAAAUUCAGGACUUCACAUGCGGGUGGCAUUGUUAAUCAUCAGGACUAUCGGCUGUAGUCACAGAAAAUUGAGUUUGGGACUUUUCUGUGUAACUAUGUUCAUCUCCAUGUGGAUCUCAAAUACAGCUGCGACUGCUAUGAUGAUGCCUAUCAUGGAGACAGUUCUAGUCGAACUUGAAACGCAAGGGCUCGGAAACAUGUUCGAAGAGGACAACCUUGUAGAAGGAGAGAGUGUAGAGAGACCGAAGCGACCAACACAUACAACCAUGGUUUAUUACUUGUCAGCUGCUUACGCCUCCAGUAUAGGCGGGAUAGGCACACUCGUUGGGAGUGGGACAAACUUGACCCUUAAGGGAAUUUAUGAAGAGCGUUUUGAAGACAGCCCAGGUAUAAAUUUCGCUUCUUGGAUGUUGUAUGCGGUGCCAGCGAUGCUCAUAAUGGGUCUUCUUACAUGGCUAUGGCUACAGAUAAUGUAUAUGGGGCUCUUCAGACCCAGUAGUAAAGACGCAAUGGCCAUAAACAUAGGAGUUCAGGGUGAAAAAGUUGCUGCUUCGGUCAUUGAUAAGAGAUAUAAAGAACUAGGACCAAUAACGUGGUUCGAAUCAAUUGUGGGUUUUCUAUUCGUUGCUGUGGUGCUUCUGUGGUUUUUUAGAAAACCAGGAUUUAUCAGAGGGUGGCCAUCGUACAUUACAAAUUUACCAGUAAAAGACUCAACAGCUGCAAUUGGCCUCACAAUUCUUCUCUUCAUCAUUCCUUCAAAAUUGGAUUUUUUACACGCUUUUGACAGAGAUCCCAAUAAACGGCCGACAAAACCGACACCUGCUUUAAUGACGUGGAAAACAAUACACGAAAAAAUGCAUUGGAGUCUCUUGUUUGUGCUUGGUGGUGGUUUUGCUAUUGCCACUGGAAGCACUGAGUCGGGAUUAUCAACAAUGCUUGGUGAAUCUCUCUCUGGACUCAAAGGACUUAAUGAAAUUAUGAUACUCUUGAUUGUGUGUACAUUCGCAGAAACGGUAACAGAACUUACAGCUAAUGUCGCUGUUGCAAACAUUAUACUACCAGUGCUAGCGGAGAUGUGCGUCGCAAUUCGAAUUCAUCCCUUGAAAUUAAUGCUACCAGCCGCUCUCUGCUGUUCAUUCUCAUUUCAUCUUCCCGUUGGAACACCACCAAAUGCCAUCGCUAGUGCGGCAAGUCGCAUUAAAGCAAAAGACUUCAUCAUCGCAGGCAUCGGACCAAGCCUUUCUACUCUUCUCGUUACUCUCUUAACUUUCAGCACCUGGGGAGCCUAUGUAUUUAAUCUUCACGAAUUUCCAGAAUGGGCGCAUUCAAAAUCGCAAUAGAAAUUGUAAUAAAAAUUCAUAAUUAGAAUUUGACAUGUUUACGCACAUUUGUAUCCAUAAAUUGGCAAACUUGUAUUUUUAUCAAACAAAA